AUGGCCACUGAAACUAGCAGUGCCCCCACUGCGCGACUCCAGAGAGUCGAUUCGCAGCCUGAGAACCCCUACGCGCAGCUGAUCGAGGAUCAGUCUAUCGCAAUUGUCCCUUCCUUUAAGCUUGAAUCCGGCGUUACACUGUACAAUGUCCCGGUCGCUUAUACCACGCGGGGAACACUCUCCCCCACGGGCGAUAAUGUUUUGGUCAUUUGUCACGCUCUGAGUGGCAGUGCGGAUGUUGCGGACUGGUGGGGGCCUCUUCUCGGCGGUCCUGGUCAGGCAUUCGAUGUCUCUCGGUUCUUCGUGGUCUGUCUGAACAGUUUAGGUAGUCCGUACGGAAGUGCCAGUGCUGUGACUUACAAGGAUGGCAAGCCUGAAAAUGGCUACUACGGACCCGAGUUCCCCCUGACCACUGUCCGCGAUGACGUCAACAUCCACAAGCUUGUCUUGGAUGACCUUGGUGUCAAGCAGAUCGCUGCCGUCGUCGGCGGAUCCAUGGGUGGAAUGCUAACCUUGGAAUACUCCUUCUUUGGCAAAGAUUAUGUGCGUGCUAUCGUGCCAAUUGCUACUUCAGCACGCCAUUCCGCUUGGUGCAUCAGCUGGGGUGAGGCUCAGAGACAGAGCAUCUACAGUGAUCCCAAGUAUGAUGACGGCUACUAUCCAUUCAAUGAUCCCCCUUCAACCGGCCUCGGAGCUGCUCGCAUGUCGGCACUUUUGACUUACCGCAGUCGCAACUCGUUUGAGUCACGAUUCGGUCGCAAUGUGCCUGACCCGUCUAAGAGGUUGAACAUCAACGGCGUUGAAAAGCAACCCACUCCUCCCAACGAGCACUGGGCCAUUCACAAUGAUGGGCACCGUGGAGGUUCGACUUCGCGCUCCGAAAGCAGACAAGGCUCUCCAGCCCCCCAGUCCGAGGUCCAGUUCAUGGAUCCCCAGUUCUCAGGCACGAAGACUUUUGUCCCGGAGGACGAUGCGAAACCUAAGCUUACCCCAAGUGGUCGUCCUCGCCCGCCUACCUACUUCUCUGCGCAGUCGUACCUCCGUUAUCAGGGCGACAAGUUUGUUAAGCGAUUUGACGCCAACUGCUACAUCGCCAUGACUCGCAAACUUGACACCCACGAUGUUUCCCGCCACCGUGCCGACCCUACCGCCGAGGAUACCGUGCUCGAGGCUUUGGGACGGGUGGAACAGCCCACUCUAGUCCUGGGUAUCGAGUCUGAUGGUCUCUUCACCUUCGCAGAGCAGCAAGAGAUCGCUGCUGGUAUUCCCGAUUCCCGCCUCAAGCGCAUCGACAGCCCUGAGGGUCACGAUGCAUUCCUGCUCCAGUUUGAGCAGGUCAACCGCCACAUUGUUGAUUUCUUCCAUGAAGUUCUACCCGACAUCAUGUCGAAGUCGAACAUUGACGGUGCCGCGGCCGUCGCAAGUGUCAAGAAGCUGACGAAGAGCAGCACUUUCGGCGAGGCUGAGGUGGAGGAUAUCACCGCUUGGUAA